AUGAUCAACUGCUCGGUGCUUCUGACUGGGCUAGUAAGCCUUGGCCUUGUAGGAGCCGAGUGCAUCGACUGCGAUUCGCAGGAGGAGACUGCGCUGUUGCAGCGCAUGAAGUCCUCGGAAGAUCACACUGAGCUGGAAGCUGACGGGUGGAGGUGGCGAAAGCAGGGCUACUCCAAGUGGAACUGCGAAGAUGACGUUCGUGCAGCGCAGCAGGACUGGAGGGGAGCCAUCCUCGACAUCUCUGCGGCAUACCUCGAGAAUUCUUCCAGUGGAGACUUUGUGGCCGUGGCGACUGAUGCGAUCGAGAAGCUCUACGGCUAUGACAUUGGGCCGGUGGUCUUCAAGCCGACCCUGGCCGAAGAGGAGCCCUUCCGCCCCACUUUCGAUGGUGCAUUGUCGUACUUCGUUGGAGAUGACGCCAUGCAGGCGUUCAACGGCGGUGGCGGCAUCCCGGAAGAUAAAGGCUUUGCCAUUGCAGGUGGUGAUACUUGGUCAAAGGUUUUGUUUUUCAAUGACCAGAUCAGCUGCGUGGGGGAUGUUGCGCUUGCCCAGGGGUACUACUAUUUCAAGAAUGCAACAUCCGGGGUGGAGACAGGCGUGGAGUACACCUUUGCGUACAAGAAGAUGUGGGAAGGUGAGUUGAAGAUCAUCGCCCACCACUCUUCACUGCCAGCUCCACUGCCAGAUCCAACUCCCACUUCGACCCCUGCCCCCCCA